AAAAGAAAUGAGGAUUACGAGAAAAGCGCCAGCACAGCACAGCAACUCGGUUGGAACGUAACGUGAAGUGAACAAGAGAGAGAGAGAGAGAGAGACCUUCACUUUCUCCCGUCCACCGUCUCCCCCGCGCCUACGUUUCGUUUCUUCUAUAAAAUCCCAUUCUUCAAUCAAUUUACUCUCUCUCUCUCUCUAACAUGCAACUUCCUUCAAUGGACUCCGUCGGUUCAUCUUCUUGAUUCCUUCAAUUUCCAUUUUCACUACAACACACCAUUCCAUCAACGUAGAUUAUGAAGAACGACGAGCAAGUUCGGACUCUCUUUGGGAUUUCCCUUACUGAUAGGCCUAAAUGGCAUCAGUUCCUCAUUUGUUCUUCUGGGUUUUUCUUUGGUUACUUAGUCAAUGGCAUCUGUGAGGAAUAUGUAUAUAACAAGCUGCAAUUCAGCUAUGGAUGGUACUUCACAUUUGUCCAAGGAUUUGUGUAUCUGUUUCUGAUUUAUCUUCAAGGCUUCACUGCUAAACAAAUGGUGAAUCCAUGGAAAACUUAUGUCAAGCUUUCUGCUGUGUUGAUGGGUUCCCAUGGCCUCACCAAAGGUUCUUUGGCCUUUCUUAACUAUCCAGCUCAGCUUAUGUUCAAAUCUACAAAGGUUUUGCCAGUGAUGAUAAUGGGUGCUUUCAUACCCGGCCUGAGGCGAAAAUAUCCGCCUCAUGAAUAUGUUUCGGCUGUACUCUUGGUGGUGGGUUUGAUCAUCUUCACUUUAGCAGAUGCACAAACAUCUCCAAACUUUAGUAUUCUUGGUGUGGUCAUGAUAUCGGGGGCUCUAAUCAUGGACUCGUUUCUUGGUAAUUUGCAAGAAGCCAUCUUUACCAUGAAUCCUGAAACCACACAGAUGGAGAUGCUCUUUUGUUCAACCGUCGUUGGAUUGCCUUUCUUGAUCCCACCCAUGCUUUUGACGGGUGAAUUGUUUAAAGCAUGGACUUCAUGUUCUCAGCACAAAUAUGUAUACGGUGUGUUAGUUUUUGAAGCUAUGGCAACGUACGUCGGCCAAGUCUCUGUUCUCUCACUCAUUGCCCUAUUUGGGGCAGCUACUACAGCCAUGAUAACAACUGCUAGAAAGGCAGUGACAUUAUUGCUAUCUUACUUGAUAUUCACGAAGCCAUUAAGUGAACAACAUGCGACGGGGCUGCUGCUCAUAGGCAUGGGGAUCACGUUGAAGUUAUUACCUGAUUACAAGCCCAAGAACAAAGCUUCUUCAAAUGCCAGGACCUCAAAACCACCUGCUAACAAUGACAAAGACAAUGAAAUGGCUCAUCAAAUAGAAAUUGAAAAGGAUGAAGAAAGAAGGCCCUUGGUUUAAAUUACUAGGAUCCUGUUUUAUUGUCAUUUUUUUCUCUCAAAUUUCAUCUUACAAAUGUAAGAAGGAUGCACUCUCAGCUAUACAAUUUCAAUAUAUUGCUUCUCCACA